CAUUAAUACGUCCAUAUACGUGCAUAUGCCUUAUCCCUUCCGACUAUACGUAGCUUAUCAAAAACAAGACUAUGGCAGCAACGAGGGCACUAGCUGUGACAACCUUGGAGUUCGAGAGGAAGCAGAAGGGAUGGUUUUGGUUCCGGAAAUGGGAUUUGGAAGACGUGUCUAGCAUUUGCUGGUUUACCGGGAUUCAUGUGUUGGCUGCAUGCGCACCUUUCGUGUUUGAUCGGGGUGCAAUCAGAUUAUCUGUGGGCUUUGCUUUAUUGAGCGCCUUUGGUAUGACUCUAGGUUAUCAUAGACUUCUUUGUCACCGUAGUUUCAAGAUCCCAAAAUGGCUCGAGUAUUUCUUCGUUUAUUGUGGUGCUCACGCUUUCCAGAGAGAUCCAAUGUUUUAUGUGAACACUCACAAGAACCACCACAAGUAUACUGAUACGAAUAGGGAUCCUGUUACCCCAACUGACGGUUUUUGGUUUUGUAAUAUGGGUUGGCUUUUCAACAAUGACCACAUUGCUAUGAAGUGUGGAGAAUCAAGGGGUGGAGAAUACUCGAAAGUACCAGAACUAAAAGCACAGUGGUUUUAUAGGUUUCUUCAUGAUACUUACUUUUGGCAUCCAACUGCACUUGCAGCCCUACUAUAUCUCCAGGGAGGUUUUCCUUACUUGGCUUGGGCAAUGGGCAUGCGAGCAGUGGUGAUUCACCAUUUUGCAGCACUAGCAAGCUAUGUCAGCCAUAAAUGGGGGGAGAGGCCGUGGAACACCCCGGAUACUUCCACCAAUAAAUGGUGGGUGGCAGUGUUGACACUUGGAGAGGGUUGGCAUAACAAUCACCACGCUUUCCCGAGAUCUGCUCGACAUGGAUUGGAAUGGUGGCAAUUUGACCCGACGUGGGUGUUGAUCAAGUUUCUUCAGCUGCUUGGAUUAGCAACGAACGUCAAGUUACCAACGGAGGCACAGAAAGGAAGAAUAUCUCAUUACGUUGGAUCAACGUAGAACAAGAAUACUGAAAGUAUAAAACCAAAAGAAACUGGGAUUCUGGGAACCUUUCGGGAAUUCCAGAACAUUGAAUAUAAACACACAUAGAUACAUAUAUAUAAUGUGUGUAUUAGAAUCGUGCAAAUUGAAUAGGAUGAGAAUAACGAUGAUCUUUUGAACUUGAUUUUUUGGGCGUUGUUAAGAGAAAUUUGUAUCGCAUAUGUUUUAGG